CGAGGUGUGCAACUCGAGUUUGUUUGGUGAAGGAAACGUUGAUUCCUGUCCCGGGAAAAGCGCGCGAAAAUCUGUGCUGUGUGCGGGACGGUGCGACGGUGGAGAGGAUGGAAAGGUGACGGGACAGUUGGCCGAAUCUUUCUUCGAGGAUCGAUCUCGUUCGCGGCCAUUGACGAGAUUGCAGCCCCUGCUUGGAUCUAUUCCAGCCGUAAAGUCUGUGCCAGCCAAGGUCUACCUUUGAUCUUUAUUCGGAACGAUUACGAUAUAUAUAUAUAUAUAUAUAUUUCGUUCGAAUCGAAAAUGGUGGAAAAGAGCGGAACGCUUCCUUCUCUCUCGUAAAAGAGCGUGGACGUUCCUGCGACGACCUGUGGGACUUCCACCGAGGACCCCUUCCCCCCCUCGAUGCGGAGAGAACGAGAUCUGGACGUCUGUUAUUAUAUCGCCUUGGAUCGCCUUAAACUUUCUUCAAUCUUUGUGGAACGUUUUUGGGAAACGCGGAGGAAAGUUUUCGAUAUCUGUGCGGUGAAUUUUGCGGCCUCCGAUGGAUAUACACACGACGGUGUACCACGGUGAUUGCGGGUAUCGUGCUCGUCGUUGCAGGUUAUUGGCGACAGUGGCGCGCGGUUAGAAAGUGCGGUAGAUUUUCUAACAGCGAGGGGAGACCAACGGUACGCGUGUCGCAACGCUGGCUUCGACACGAGCGAGCGAACGAGCGACAGAGAGAGAGAGAGAAAGAGAGAGAGGGAGAAGGUUGUUGCGGUCGUGGAUGCGGUGGGACGGCAAGUUUAAUUAGCGUUCAACCAGAGAGAAAAAACAGGGGGGAGGGAAGACGAGGAGAGGAUUAACGCUUACGAGGACGGUAAACAUUUCUCGGGAGGAGAAAUUGGUUGGUUGGGGAAGGCAAGGUCGAAGGCCGGUGCGCGGCGUAUUGUGCGGCGUCAGUUCGGCUCGGAUUUCGGUGGUGCGCGGACGAUGCGUGACGGCUCGUCGUGUCGAUCCGCCACGAUCGGUGGGCCUCGCGGACGGCCAUCCGGGCGCGAGAUGAAAGUGGCGGGGGGAGAAGAAUCGGCGCCGCUGGAUGGAUGAGUUAACGGCGUCGGCGAGCGAUAAGACAGCGCUUUCCCCGGACUGCGGCAAAGGAACAAUCGAGAGAACAUGUGGAGUGUACUGUUGCUCGUCGCACUGACCAGAGCUGUCGCCGGGAUCGCUUCCAUCGUCGACGAGAAAUCGGUGCCAUUGGUCAAUAUCAGCGUGGUGGAGGGGAAGUCGGCCGAGUUACCAUGCGACAUCACCCCGCCGGGAGAGGACACCCUUCACAUGGUGUUUUGGUUCAGGGACGAGGCCGGGGUACCGUUGUACACGAUGGACGCCCGUGAGAAACCGGUGGCCAAAGCUCAGCACUCCUCGGACUCGACCGUGUUCGGGCGGCGUGCGUAUUUCCGCACCGAGUUCCAGAACCCCGCGAUCCUCGUGAUCAAGGACAUCAAGAGGCACGACGCGGCCACUUACAGGUGCAGGGUCGACUUUCGCAAGGGGCAGACGCGCAGCUUCCGCUACAGCCUCGUCGUGAUCGUGCCUCCGGAACAGCCCACCAUCCUGGACCAGUGGGGGAGGAUAGUGAACGGGACGGCGGGGCCCUACGAGGAGGGGGACACCCCCUCUCUGACGUGUCGCGUCACGGGCGGUAAGCCGGAGCCUAUGGUGAGAUGGUUGGUGAACGGUCGAGUGAAGGACGAGGAGUACGAGAAGAACGCAGGGGACGUGAUAGAGAACAGACUCACCCUGCAAUCAAUCACGAGAUCGCAUCUAGGAUCGAAUUACACGUGCCAGGCGAGGAACACGGACCUGAUCGAGCCGAGAGAGGCCUCCAUUUCCCUGGAUCUGAACCUGAAACCGUUGACGACGACUAUAAGGAGGCCGGGGAGGAAGGAGGUGGGGAACGAGUCUCUGCUCGCGGGGAAGCGGUACGAGGUGGAGUGCGAGACGACGGGCUCGAGGCCACCCGCGGUGAUAACCUGGUACAAGGGGCGGAGAAGACAGCUGAAGCACACCAAGGAGGAGAGAUGGGAGAAUCGGACAGUGAGCAUGGUGGAGUUCGAGCCAGGCGUGGAGGAUCACGGGAAAUUGAUCACCUGCAGGGCGGAAAAUCCGAACGUGACGGGGCUGUUCCUGGAGGAGACCUGGAAAAUCGACGUCGUAUAUCCUCCGAUUGUCUCGUUGAACCUUGGAUCGACGCUAAGUCCGGAGGACAUCAAGGAAGGCGACGACGUCUACUUCGAGUGCCACAUCAGGGCUAAUCCUGCCUGGUCCAAGUUGACGUGGAUACACGACAACCAGAUACUGGCGCACAACACGUCGGCCAGGAUAAUCUGGUCGAAUCAGAGCCUGGUGCUUCAGAGCGUGACCAGGAGUAGCGCCGGCAAGUACGUGUGCGCCGCAACGAAUGACCUGAACGAAACUCGAAGCGAGCCUCUUCAUUUUCGCGUCAAGUUCGCGCCAGUGUGCAAGGAGGACAGGAUCGUGGUGGUGGGGGCGUCGAGGGGCGAGUCGUUGAACAUCGCGUGCAAAGUGGAGGCCGAUCCCCCGGCGCACAAUUUCCGUUGGAAAUUCAACAACAGCGGGGAGACGCUGGAAGUAGCGCAGGGCAGAUUCUCGAUGGAGACGUCGAGCGGCGUGAGCGUGUUCAGGUACACGCCGACCACAGAGCUGGAUUACGGCACUCUGUCGUGCUGGGCGGACAAUUCGGUGGGCAGGCAGGCGAGGCCGUGUCUCUUCCAGCUGAUAGCGGCCGGAAAACCGUUUCCGGUGCGCAACUGCACGCUCGCGAACCAGACGUACACCAGCGUCGAGGUGAGAUGCGUGGCCGGCUACGAUGGAGGUCUUCCGCAAAAAUUCAUCCUGGAGGUGUACCACGGCGACGUGGAUUUCCUGUCCACCGGCCAACCCCUCUACAACGUUUCCAACGCCGACGAGCCGAGCUUCUCCCUCGCUGGACUGGAGGCUGGGGUCGAGGCGGGGGUGCACGUGGCCGUGUACGCGGUGAACGCCAAGGGUCGCAGCCAACCGGUCGUUCUCAGCGAGGUCACCUACAGGGAUGCCGAGAAACGCACCGGACAAGACGCUGGGAUCGUGUUGUCGCCGUUGAUAGGGGUUGUGGUCGGGGCGUUGGUCACCCUGGUCCUCGUCAUACUCGUGGUGGUGGUACGCGUGCGUCGGGAACGCGUGUCGAAGCCACGCCACGAAAAACCGGCCGAGCUGAGCGAGCUACCCCCUCAACAGUACCCGCUGCAGAACCCCCAGCAAACCGUGGAAACGGAUCCGGACGUUAUUCCAAAUAAAUUUGAGGGCAACCUGGCGGAAGUGAGCCCGCCGAGUUAUCCAGGCGGUGGAUAUCCCCCGGGACACUGGGUCACGCCCGGGCCUACGCCAAGCAUAGAGGAGCUGUGCCACAAAUUCACGGGGAGGCCGACGGAGCUGAGGUUACCAUCGAGGGGCACGUUGCCGCCGAGUUUACAGAGCAUGCCCAUGACGGGAGGAGCGAUGAUGGGUGGCGGCGGUGGACAGGGCGUCGUCCCUUCCACGGGUGGCCAAGGUGUCGUCGUUGCGGGCGAGUGUCUGGACGGGGAGGCGAUCAAGAGGCGAUUGAUGGCGAACAGGCUGCCCGAGAGUUGCGUCUAGGAACCCUUUUUUUUCUCGCCAAAAAGGGUUGAGAAACUCCUCGCGUCGAAAAAAACUUUCCGAUCGGAGAUUGUUUUGCACAACAAUCUCUCCUCCUUUUCUCCUCCUCUGGAGAAGAAAGAGGAAAGAAGAAAGAAAGAAGAAACUUGUUCUUUUAAGCGAGAUUUAAGUUUCGAAGACUCUAUUCGAUUAAUAAUAAUCGAGCAUCUUCUUUCCUUUCCUUUCCCCUUCUCGUCGAUUAUACAAAAUAAAUGAAUUCGCAGCGUCCGAUCGAGGGAGAGAGAAUCGGCGAGGAAAGAUAAAGGUUGAUUCCUCGUGCCAGCCUGUUCCGUUCCUUGGAAUGAAGAUGGAUCGAGAGGGGCGAGAAUGGGAAGAGCGAGGGGGAGGAGAGAUAACGCGAUGUUAUUGCGGGGGGGGAGAAAGGAAGGCUGAUCAAUCAGCCUUUCGACAACGGGAAAACGUGCGCUCGUAGUGGUUUGUUACGAAACGCGAUUUUAUACGUCGACUUUGUCUUCUUUUUCAUUCCGAAAUUUCCGAAAAUUCCUGAUUUCGGACGCUCGAAAAUUGCAAAGUUGCGGUCGGUAAGUCAGUUUUUCGUUCGCGGAGCAGAAAUUUUGGAAAUUCGAUUCUUUCCUACUUUUUAGCGCGGAUGAAAAAUUGAAUUUGCAAGGAAGCGACAAGCUUUAUAUUCCUAAGAGGACGAACUUUGUCUCGCUCGAGCUUUGAACGAAUGUGAAUGAGAGAGAGGGGAGAUAUGAAUUAAGUCAUCGCGAUUCUAACUCGUUCUCUCCUUUCCCUUUGUACCAAUUGAAAGAAGAGGGAGGGAACAAGAUAGAGAAAAGUCGUUAGUUGAUGUCGUGUCGUUGUACAUAAUUAUGUAUCUCCCUCCACGCAAGGGGAGGGAAGGUGAGAGGCAAGAAUGUCGUCGUAAUUUCGAACGGCUCGUUAUUCUUUCCCUUUGAAAAAUCGAAAGAACGUUCUCUGACGAGAAAUAUAUGAAAUUCAAGAAUACUUUUAAGGGGGUGGAUCGAAAACGAGCUGAUCGACGCUUCUCUCGCGUCCAAUGAACAUUAGCCUAAAGAACGGGAAACGUCCGUGAUAUCGAAUUUUUCCCCCAGCGUGACAAGGAGCCGAGAAAUCGUACUUUCACCGCUCGACAACGUUUCGUUUCGAAACGAGAUUCGAGUUUUCUUUUUCUAUUUAUAUAUAUAUAUAUAUAUACAAACUCUCCUUUUUUAUAACAAAUAUUUCGACGAAUUCGAAUUCUUGGCUAACGAAGAAGAAGAAGAAGACUUAAAAAGUGUGUACAUAAUCAGAAGCAGAAACGAUGAUGUAAAUCGAAUUGUAUUUUAAGUUCACUGUAUAGGGGGAGGGGGUGAUUUCAUAUCAGAACUCCAUAUCGUCUAUUAAACUCGUAUGUAUAUACUACAUAAAGUUUCGAUCUGAAUAAACUGUUUAACUGUCCGAACUGAA